GUCAAAAUGAGUCAAAAAUUCGUAGAAUUAUUUCAAACGUCUAUACCUUAAUAGGCUUAGUAUCUUAGAUUGCCAUCAAUUCCAGCCUCAUCUCAUCUUAUCUUUCCCUUCACAUCAUUCUUAUUCGACCCUUUUUACAUAAAAUAUUUUACAUUUAGGUACCUUUUUGGUGAGGAACUCAAAGUAAAUCCAACGACAAGAAUGUGUAGCACACAUUGGCUUUGGCGUGACAUUAGCAACUUUAUCAUGCUAUUACUUGUUACCAGUGCUCCAAGCGACCUUUCAUCCGCGAAAAUGAGGAAGGGAUGUAAUAAUAAGAUAGUGAUACCUGAAAUAGAUAUCUCCACAAGUCCGCCAAACCGCACUUUAACAAUAGGUGCAGCUAUUAGCUUGACUUGCAUAGCGAGGCCAAGGAAUGGCGACCGACUAUUUCCCAGGAGACAGACCAAGUAUAUUCAGUGGUAUGAUCCUCAGGGUAAACCAGUUGGAGCCAGAUGCCUGCAGGGCACACCAGCAGUGAGAAAACUAAGCUGCAGAUUAAUGCUGCAGAGGGUGACUUUGGAACAGUUCGGCAACUACACUUGUGAGGCGGAGAAUGAUUAUGUCGGAUAUUGUAGGCAAAGUACUGUCGAAAUAAAACUGCGAGCUUUCCUUGCACCACAGAUUGUCGAGGAUCCUAAGAACCAAACUGUUGAUGCCGGUUUCAACAUAACCUUUAACUGCACUGCCAAAGGUCAUCCCAUGCCAUCUCUCAAAUGGAUAAAGAACGAUAACUCACUUGCUGUUCGUUCCAACCCACGGAUUAAUGUCAGUCAAACUUUCCUUGACAACGUGCAAAUUCAUAGCCAGCUGAUUAUAGAGGAUCUAAAGAGGGAAGAUAAUGGAAAAUAUCACUGCUUAGCAAAUAACAGUGAAGGAGAAAAGGCAUCAAACCCGGCAUUCUUGUCCACAAAAGAUUUAGAUGACAAGGCGAGGAUUGUUGAAGAUCCAGUGAACCAAACUGCUUUUGUCGGUUUCAAUGUAACCUUUAACUGUUCUGCCGCUGGUCUUCUCGAGCAAACCAUCACAUGGGUCAAGAACAAUAAUUCGCACGCUGUUAACUCAAACCCAAGAGUAAAAGUAAUUCGCAUUCCACUAGAUGGCGAAGGCGUCCAGCAGAGCCAGCUGUCAAUAAAAGAAGUGAAGGAAGAAGAUAAAGGCAAAUAUAUUUGUGUUGCGAAGAGCAGCGCUGGGGAAAUAACGUCCAAAUCUGCUUUCCUGUUCAUUAAACAUUUAGCGUAUCCAACUACAGUCUCGCCAAGAAAGGAACGACAACAUUCAGUCCUCCAGAUUAUCGUGCUUAGUGUGUUUGGUGGUACCUUAAUCACAUUCAUGUGCGGAUGCACUAUGAAAUUUUCGUAUCGUCGCGCAAGAAGAAAUGAAGAGAGGACAUAUAUUAACAUGACAGAAGAUGAAAUCAGUGGCAGAUUUGAAGUGAAGUAGAGCCAAAGAGUGCUUGAGAGUGUGUUCAGAGCUCGAGCACUAUUUUAGUUCACAACGUUGGAAAAUGCGUCCUUCUAACUGAAACUAACUUUAACUUGUCGCAUUCAGCUUGCUAUACUAUAACAGUUGUUAAAAUCAUCAGGCGACAACACUUAGAGUCAGUAGAAUCUUACACACAAUCGUAUAAUCGUAGAAUAUUUGGUUUUGUAGAAUGUACGAACCAUAUUAGUUAGGAGAGUUCUUGUUCGUCUUGUUACGUGAAACAAAGGUGCAUAUAGAAUACUAACUGAUUUCCCCAAAAAUGAAUCGAGAUCCAAAUGUUCUGACUUUGCGCAUAAGGGAAACUUAUGAAAGGUCAAACUGGAUAAAAAACUCUUUGCUGAAAACUAUUUUAGUAUAUGUUUCAAUGCCUGGGAAACUUGCUCUGACAGAUUUAUAUUAAAAGAUGUUGCUAUGUUUGUUAGCUAAAGAAACUCGAUCUUGUUUUCUUUUUUUAUGAUUUGAAAAUCCUUUUAAAGUUAAUAAAAUGUUUAAUUACA